GAGUAUCGUAGUCUGAACGGAAGCUUUAAUUCGCCCUCCCUGUUAGGACACGUUGCUAAAGCCACCGAAAGCUGAUUGCAUUAAUAGAAUAUGAUGAGAGAUUGAAACCCAGAAGCUAAUGACAAGGAAAAUUAGUGAUUCAGAGACAUGAUUAUAAAUUUCAAUAGCUUGACAACUAAGUGAACUUUAAAAAGUUAUAUUAGUACAUGAAAAGGAGGAAUUUUUUAGUGAAGCUAUUGGAAUCUUGCUGCAGUAAGAUCUCAACUACACAGUUGCAUUCACAGUGUUUGAAAGUGGGCCUUGCUCAUGAUAGUUUCAUUGUGACCAAACUUAACGUUCUUUAUGCUAAAUAUGCAUCAAUUAGCCAUGCGUAUAGGGUGUUUGAAGAAACACCUCGUAAAACUGUCUAUCUGUGGAAUGCCAUGCUUAGGAGCUAUUGUUCCAAAGGAGAAUGGGUAGAAACUUUAUCUCUAUUCAGUCAACUGAAUGUCAAUGCUAUAUCAACUGAGGAAAGACCUGACAAUUACACAGUAUCUAUUGCUUUAAAAUCAUGUGCAGGUUUGCAGAAGCUUGAGUUGGGUAAAAUGAUUCACGGAUUUCUAAAGAAGGAGAAUAUAGAUAAUGACUUGUUUGUGGGGUCUGCAUUGAUUGAGUUGUAUUCCAAAUGUGGACAAAUGAAUGAUGCAGUGAAAGUGUUUGUGGAGUAUCCAAAACCAGAUGUGGUUUUAUGGACUUCAAUAAUUACUGGUUAUGAGCAGAGUGGCAGUCCUGAGCUUGCACUUGCAUUUUUCUCCCGAAUGGUUGUGACAGAGCAAGUAAGUCCUGAUCCAGUGACACUUGUUAGUGCUGCUUCUGCAUGUGCUCAGUUAUCUGAUUUUAAGCUUGGAAGAAGUGUACAUGGAUUUGUAAAAAGAAGGGGUUUUGACACUAAGUUAUGUUUAACAAAUUCAUUGCUAAAUUUAUAUGGAAAAACUGGUUCUAUCAAUAAUGCAGCUAAUUUGUUCAGGGAAAUGUCAAAUAAGGAUAUUAUAUCUUGGAGCUCAAUGGUAGCCUGUUAUGCUGAUAAUGGAGCUGAAACCGAUGCGUUAGAUCUUUUCAAUGAAAUGAUAGAUAAUAGAAUUGAACCCAACUGGGUUACUGUGGUUAGUGCAUUGCGAGCAUGUGCUUCCACUUCCAAUUUGGAAGAAGGUAUGAAGAUUCAUAAAUUAGCAGUCAAUUAUGGUUUUGAGUUGGAUACCACUGUCUCUACAGCUCUGAUGGACAUGUACAUGAAGUGCUUUUCACCUGAAAAUGCAGUUGACCUUUUCAACAGAAUGCCGAAGAAGGAUGUAGUUUCUUGGGCUGUUUUGUUUAGUGGCUAUGCUGAAAUUGGAAUGGCACACAAGUCAAUGGAGGUUUUCUGCAACAUGUUAUCUAAUGGAACUCGACCUGACGCAAUUGCUCUAGUGAAGAUUAUUGCUGCUAGUUCAGAAUUAGGGAUUCUUCAACAAGCUGUAUGUCUACAUUGUUUCGUAACUAAAAGUGGGUUUGACAAUAACGAGUUUAUUGGAGCAUCACUCAUAGAGCUGUAUGCAAAAUGUAGUAGCAUAGAUAAUGCUAACAAGGUUUUCAAAGGAAUGAGAUAUAAAGAUGUUGUUACCUGGAGCUCAAUAAUUGCAGCUUACGGAUUCCAUGGGCAAGGAGAAGAGUCAUUGAAAUUAUUUUAUCAGAUGGCUAACCAUUCAGAUGUUAAGCCUAACAAUGUAACCUUCAUCUCAAUUCUAUCUGCUUGUAGUCAUGCAGGUUUGAUUAAAGAAGGGAUAAAGAUGUUUGAUAUCAUGGUGAAUGAGUACCAAUUGAAGCCCAACUCAGAGCAUUAUGGGAUAAUGGUUGAUCUUCUUGGUCGAAUGGGAGAGUUAGAUAAGGCCUUGGAUGUAAUUAAUAACAUGCCCAUGCAAGCUGGGCCUCAUGUUUGGGGAGCCUUACUUGGCGCAUGUCGUAUACAUCAAAAUGUAAAGAUGGGGGAGGUCGCAGCUACGAAUCUUUUCCCAUUAGACCCUAAUCAUGCAGGGUAUUAUAUACUCUUAUCAAAUAUUUAUAGUGUGGACAAGAAUUGGCAUAAUGCUGCAAAACUCAGGACAUUGAUAAAGGAGAAUAGGUUGAAGAAGAUUGUAGGUCGAAGUAUGGUUGAGUUAAAGAAUGGGGUUCAGAGUUUCGUAGCUGGUGAUAGAUUCCAUGAGGAAUCUGCUCAGAUUUAUGACAUGCUGAGAAAAUUAGAUGCAAAAAUGAGAGAAGAAGGCUAUGAUCCUCAAGUACAAAAAGAGGAAAUAAUGUAAGUUCUAGUCUUGGCAUUGUGGAACAUCAAAUAUGUUGAAGUUGUCCCAUUUGAAUGGCAUGAAGGAUGUAUACCAUUAUUUGGAUGAUUCCUUGUUGUCAGAUUGGGGAGAAAAGGUUUUAUGGUUUAUUGUUGUUUGCUUCUUUG